AUGGCAGUUCAUUUGGAUGCUUUGGAUUUGUGGGAAGCAAUGGAGGAUGACUUUGAAGUUCCUGCACUACCUGUUAAUCCAACAAUUGCUCAGCUCAAGAAUCAUAAGGAGAAAAAGACCAAAAAGUCAAAAGCAAGAGCUUGCUUGUACUUUUGCUAUUUCAGUAAAGGACAAUUAGAAAUAUAUAAUUGCAAAAUGGAGGAUGACAAAUGUUCUGGAAAGAAUGACAACUUUGGCCAAUCACUAAUAGAAAUUGAUGCAGAGGCUGAGAAGGAUAAAGGGUUUGUUGAGGGUUCGAAUUUGGAGGCUAAAAUUGAAGGUAGUGGUAAGGAUUCAAUUUUGAUUGAUGAUAAUAGAAAAUUUUCAAUUUUGGAAGGGAAUUUGGAGUCAAAUGUUGAAAUGAAUGAGAAAUUGGAAACAUUGGGGAGUCAAGGGAUGCGAGUAAAGGAGAAAUCGGAGAUGGAGCCGGGGCUUGUAGUGUUAGAAGUGGAAGAUAUUUCAUAUCUUCAUGCUGGUAUGAAAGGGAGUGAUGGAGAGAGACAUUUUAAUGUAAAGGUUGUGUUUGAGGAAUUUGAAGAGAAAAGCUUUGUGAAGAAACAUAGAUUAAUGUAUGGUUUGUUACAAGAUGAGUUGUAG